AUGCCAACUUUCGAAACUCGAAACUCCAAGACAACUCGUAGGAAAUACGAAUCUAAUCACCGCCAUAUAAAUCUCCAUCCAAGUCCGGAAAGGUCAGCCAAAACCUCUACCUCCGCCGGCCUCCUCCCCCCGCUCUUCACCGCCGCCCUCUCCACCCCCGACACGCUCCCGCCCGACCUCCUCGCCGUAACGUUCUUCCCCUCCCUCGACGCCCACCUCUCCACCCGCCGCACCCGCGCCCUCACAACACUGCUCGCCGCCUUCUGGGCCAUGGUCGCCGACACCGCCUGCCGCGACCGCAAAUACCACACCCUCCUCGCGGUCUUCUCGCGCGAGAUCCUGCCGCUGCUAGCGGCAAAGGGCGUGGGCGCCGAGACGUCGCUGGAGACGUACCUCAAGAGCACCCCGCGGCCCGCACCUAACGACCGCGCCAUCUCCCCGCUCCGAAACCUUCCCCGCCCAGCGCGCCGCCUACAUCAACCACCUGCGCUUCCUCGCCCUCCUGACCUAGAAGCGGAUCGUCGACUGCGGUGGUCUUCUCGCCGCCUGCACGCGCGGUGUGCUGCACGGGACCAGCGAGUUUGA